AACAACCAAACUAACACACUUCACUCACUCAAACCCUCCUCUCAUCUCAAAAAUCUCCAAUUCUCCCUUUUUUUCCAACUUCUAACGUUAGAGGAACACACACAGAGAGUUAUCCAUGGCUAGCAGUAGCAUGGCAUCAGCAGCUUGUGGAUUUGUCUUGUCCCUCAACGUUGCUGCCAACAACACAACCUCGUCACUCUCUUCCAGGAAUACCAUGUUGAUGUUUCCUAUAAAAUCCAACAAUAUUGCUGGUUCUAGACUUGUUGUCAGGGCAUCCGAAGAUACCCCCGAUGCUGCAGCCCCUACCGCCACUUCUCCCGCUGCUGACACAGCUACUAAGCCCAAGCCACCACCAAUUGGCCCCAAGAGGGGUGCUAAGGUGAAGAUUCUUAGGCAAGAGUCCUACUGGUACAAAGGAUAUGGUUCUGUUGUGACUGUCGAUCAAGACCCCAACACUCGCUACCCUGUCGUGGUUCGAUUCAACAAAGUGAACUACGCCAAUGUAUCGACAAAUAACUAUGCUUUGGAUGAGGUUGAAGAAGUUGAAUGAGACUGGUUUUAUUGUAUUUUCAACUAUUGUUAUGCUAUUGUUACUAGCCUAAGGUUUUUUUUCAUGUCAUGUUAAAAAAUUUGUAUCAUAUUCUCUUAUAUUUAUCUACCUCUUGAUUUCUAGAAACUA